AUGCAAAAUGAGCCUAUGUUUCAAGUGCAAGUCGAUGAGACAGAAGAUACCGAGUGGAACGAUAUCUUAAGAGCUCACGGUGUAAUUCCAGAAAGACCACCAUCACCAACUGCGCAGCUAGAAGAAGCGUUAGAAGAAGCAUUGGCAAAGCAACAUGAAAAUAGACUAGACGGCAAGGAUCUAUCAGAUUUGGAGGAUUUGGAAGAUGAAGAAGAUGAGGAAUUUCUACAAUUUUAUAAACAGAAACGUCUCAAUGAGAUCAAGAAAUUACAGGAAAAGGCAAAAUUUGGUUCAGUAUAUCCAAUCAGCAAACCUGAUUACAACAGAGAGAUCACAGAAUGCAGUAAAGGCACUAAAAAAUCACAAUAUGUUGAUGAUGGUUCUUCAGAGUUUGAAGGAGGGGUUUAUGUGUUUGUUCAUUUAACUUGUCAAGCCAAACUUGAAAGUAGGUUAUUAUCUAGUAUCUUUGAGAAAGCAGCAGCCAAAUUCCCCCAAAUCAAAUUCGUGGAAAUUCCUGGUAAUAGAGCAAUAGAGAAUUAUCCAGAUAACAACUGUCCGACUUUGAUUGUUUAUUACAAAGGUGAUGUCGUAAAACAUUUGGUUACACUACUCGAACUUGGUGGAAAAGAUACUAAAUUGGAAGAUUUUGAAAGACUUAUGGUUGAUAUUGGUGCAGUAGACGAGAAAGAUGGUAGAUUGCUAAUGAACCACGAAGAUGAUUAUACUAAACAAGAAAAGAAACAGAGAUACGGUCAUAACAGUAUAAGAUCAGGUAUCAAAGGCAAAUUUAAUGUUGGUGUUGGUAGAAAUGGCCGCAACGGUGCAGAUGAUGAUGAUGAUGAUGAUUUCUUCGAUUAG